AUGGCAUCUUUUCGAAUCGGCAGGUUUGCAAGAGAGUUCCUUUCCCGCGCACCACGUCCUGAAUUUAGGCACGUUGCUCCUGGUAUUUUAGCGUUCUCUCCGGAAACCCUCUCCGAGAUCUAUUCAUCGGAGCCGACCGAUCCCUGCCGGCGAACCUUUAAUCUUGGGGGUGAAGAUGAGGAAGAUUGGGUAAAUCUAUUACUCCCAGCAAUUAGCACGAUGCCUCAAGAUGUGUCUCAAAACCCCGAAUUUGAUAUUAAGCCAUUCGACGAAGACUGGGGAUAUGGCAAGUUUACGGUCAACAGACGAGCAGGUCUGUACACAGAGCCGGGUUUAAUUGACUCGGACGUUGUUCGCCUGAUCGCAAACUCAGGAUUGCCUACAGCGUGCCAAUUCAAUGGCCGUUGCCCGUGGAGUCCAUCGCGCCCACCGCGUCUAUCAGAGGUUCCGCAUCACUGGGCCUCACUUGUUGAAAAUGGCACUUGA